AUGGCAACUCUUAUCAAAAAAAUUAAAAAAAACAAAGAUAUUGCACUUAAAGAAUAUGAAGAGGCAAAAGAAGAGUUGAAGCAGGAAAAAGAAAGGGGGAAGGGUAGAAAGGGGCUAGAAGAGUUGAGAGGAAAG